AUGGCGGUCUACUAUGGCAGCGCCCUCUCGGCCGUCCUGCUGCUCUCCUUGUUGAUUUUCGCCCUCUGCGACGACGCGACACCGUCCACGCCGGUGUCACCGUCCACCGCGUGCAACGACACGACGGACCCCACGUUCUGCCGGACCGUGCUGCCGCCGCACGGCACGAGCGACCUCUACACCUACGGUCGCUUCUCCGUCGCCAAGUCCCUCGCCAGCGCCAACAAGUUUGUCGGCCUCGUCGACCACUACCUGUCCCGCCACCGCCACCUCUCACGCAGCGCGAUCGGCGCGCUGCAGGACUGCAAGCUCCUCUCCGAGCUCAACGUCGACUUCCUCUCCGCCACCGGCACUGCGCUCAAGGGCACGGAGACGCUCCUCGACCCGCAGGCCGACGACGUACAGACGUUGCUCUCGGCGAUCCUGACCAACCAGGAGACAUGUCUCGACGGCCUUCAGGCCGCGUCGGGAUCGUGGUCGGACCGUGGCGGCGGCCUCGCCGAGCCGAUCUCCAACGGCACCAAGCUCUACAGUCUCUCGCUGUCACUCUUCACCAGGGCAUGGGUGACCACGGCGAAGGCGCCCAAGGGCGCCAAGAAACCGCACCACGGCCACAAGAAGCCGCCGACGGCCCCGACGAACGUGAGGAGGGGGCUGUUCGACGCGAACGACGAGGAGAUGGUCCGGAGAAUGGCGAUCGAGGGGCCCCAAGGGACGGUGGCGGUGAACAGGGCCGUGACGGUGGACCAGGGUGGCUCCGGGAACUACACGACGGUCGGGGAUGCCGUGGCGGCCGCGCCCACCAACCUCAACGGCAGCGCCGGGUACUACGUGAUAUACGUGCUCGCGGGCGUGUACGAGGAGAACGUGGAGGUGCCCAAGAAGAUGAAGUACGUCAUGAUGAUCGGCGAUGGGAUCGGACAGACGGUGAUCACCGGCAACCGGAGCGUUGUCGAUGGCUGGACCACCUUCCACUCGGCCACCGUUGCUGUGCAUGGGCAAGGAUUCGUGGCGAUGAACAUGACGAUCCGGAACACGGCCGGCCCAGCGAAGCACCAGGCGGUGGCGCUCCGGUCGAGCGCCGACCUGUCGACCUUCUACAGCUGCAGCUUCGAGGCGUACCAGGACACGCUCUACACGCACUCCCUCCGCCAGUUCUACCGCGGCUGCGAGGUGCACGGCACCGUGGACUACGUGUUCGGCAACGCCGCCGUCGUCUUCCAGGACUGCACCUUCUACUCCCGCCUCCCCAUGCAGGGCCAGAGCAACACCGUCACGGCGCAGGGCCGCACCAACCCGGAGCAGAACACCGGCACCUCCAUCCAGGGCUGCACCCUCCUCCCGUCCCCGGAGCUCGCGGCCAACGCCGCCUUUGACACGCGCACCUUCCUCGGCCGGCCGUGGAAGAAUUACUCGCGCACGGUGGUCAUGGAGUCGUACAUCGGCGGCCUCGUCGACGCCACCGGGUGGAUGCCAUGGUCCGGGGACUUCGCGCUCGACACGCUCUACUAUGCCGAGUACAACAACUCCGGGCCGGGCGCCGACACCGGCCGUCGGGUCAGCUGGCCGGGCUACCACGUGCUAGGCGACGGCGCCGAUGCCGGCAACUUUACCGUCGACAGUAUGGUGCUCGGGGGCAACUGGCUGCCGCAGACCGGCGUGCCCUUCACCAGCGGAUUGAAAUAUUGA